AUGCGUGAUCAACCGUGCCAGUGUGGCUGCGGCUUGAAUGCUGCCAGCUCAAGCCGCAUUUCCUUUGAUGUAGCCGCCGCGUCGACCGGCAUUGCCGCUCGCGCAGAACGCCUAAAUGCUUCCAGGCGGUCUCGCUCGCUCGAGUUGCCUCUCUCCGAGCCCACUUCUCAGGAGAGUACGUCUGACGAGUCGGAAGCUCUCUGGCCCACAUGCAGCGGAGUUCGGAAGCAGGCUCCUUUCGCCUUGAACAAGAGCUUGCGUUCGCUGCCCACGAGUGGUGACAGCGUCUUGCUACUCAUGAUCAUGCUGCUUUGCUCGUGUCUCGCCACGGUCGUCGCCUCCGCGGUUCCUGCUGUGACCGCGAUGGGCGGCGUCGACAACAUUCUAGCUAUCUCAAACACAAGCAGCCUCGCCAUGCCCACCGCAACAGCUUCUCCAUCAUCCGUCGCUCAAGACGGCAACAGACAGCUCGCUGCUGUUGUCACCAACGCUGCCUCCUCCAGCGCACCUGCCAAUCAUAACAUCAGCAUCGGAGUGUCGCAGCCCGUCAUGUGCCAGCCCAUGAACAUCACUUUCGAUCCAAGCCGCGGUACGCCACCGUACACGGUCAUGAUCAGCUUCGAAGACUACUGGCCUGUUACGAUCGAUCUGCCCGCAACCUACGACGAUGCCACCAAGGAUCUAUGGCUCUACCAAUACGAUAUGCCUCUCUUCAACGGAAAUACGUCCAACCCCUCGUUGAUCGUCUCUGUCACCGACUCGACCGGUCUCAUGUCCAACUCUUCCAGCUUUGUUCAGUUGCAGAGUCCUGCCAACGGUGCCACCUGUACCGCCUUCGAGUACUCCAGUUCCUUCAUUUUUUACACAGAGCACGCCGCCUCCAUGUGUCAAGACUACGAAAUCUUUUGGAACGGCAGCUUUGCCCCUCCCAUGACCGCCAUCUUUCUGCCGGAGGCGGCUCCACCCAUUUAUGUCACCGCGCCAUCCUUGGGUUCGAUGACCAUGAACUGGCUCGUGGCCAUGGCCGGAGGCACGCGCUUCCUUAUGACCUUGGGCGAUAGCCGUACCACGAAUGGCAACGGCGGCGUCUCCAAACUCAACAUUGUCGCCCUCAACGAAUACGUCAGCAAUGACUGCAUUGCGCAAGCCAAUUAUCCGCACAAGCUCUUUGCUCCCACCACCACCGCAAGCCCUGCCAGCAUCUUCCCGGACGCCACCACUACGCUUGCCUCGCUCACCACCAGCGGCGGUAAUGUCGCCACCGUCACCGUCAUCGAGACCAUCAAGAACGGUCGAAGAGUCAAUAACAAAAAGGGAGGGCCCUCUACCGCAGCAUGGCUUGCCAUCAUUAUCAUUGUCUUUCUCAUUGUCGCCGCUGUUGGGGCUGCGGGUGGCUGGUUCUGCUAUAGGAGAUACCAGAAGCGAAAGCAGAACAUCCGCGCGUGGGACUUGCCCAAGGAUGAUCCUUCCGUGCCCUUCAGUGCCAAUCCCAACAUGCCGAUCGCUCCGGGUGUAUUCGGCCGCACCGUGACCGGGAACGACUCGAAUGAUGCCAGCGCACGCGGAACGAGGGCAACAGCAGAGCACAGCAGUGUCUCGGACGUCAGCAACAACGACCCCUUCUCUCUAUCUUCACGUCCCCUUGCACGCGCGCCUUCGGCUCGUGCUUCGCUGCGUAGCUGGACCUCUAGUGCUUUCGACCAUCUGCAGCUGGCGACUUCGGGCAACCAGAACGGCGGCCGCCAAUUCAAUUCAUCCGCUGACGACUACGCCAUGAUGGAGACCGCUGCUGCAUCUGCAGGGCUUGCUCUGUCGGAUGUUCGAGGUGGCGCAAAUUAUCGCUAUCCCCGCCCUCCUUCCAAUGGCUCUCGAGAAGGUUGGUCGCCCACCGAUACGGCCUCCCGUACGUUUGGCUUCUAUUCGGACGACCCGCAGGCGCUGGACAAUAGCGCCUACCGCGAUUUGCGCCUUCCUCAGCACCGCACCGGAAGUCCGCCUCUGGCCUCGCGCACGAUGAGCUCGGAUGGUGCCUCGACCAAAUCCACACGCGUUGGCCCUGGCCCCACUUAUCGCCCCGACGCGGCGUCGCAAGCGGCAUAUCAGGAUCUGCUGGCCAACAACAACACUACUUCGCCUGUCAGCGGUGUCGAGCGUACCUUCUCCUUGAGCGCCACUCGGUCACGGACGUCUGGCUCUGGCCUUUCGCCUACCUCGCGGACGCACGGCUGGGCAGAGAUUUUCGAGGGCAGCAAUGAAUCUACACAGAUUGUGCGCCACUCCGACGCUGGGCUCUUGCUGGACGACAAUGACAAUGGUGACGAGCUCAUUAACCUUGGGCAAGGCCGACUGAUGGAGCUACCGCCUGAGUAUGACACGAUCCAUCCGAGUGACAGCAGGUUGCAACAGCAGAGAGCUGCUGUCCACGCAAGGGACGCAUCUCGGAACGAAAAUCCAUUCGCCUCGCCCCAAAUAAGUCCCGUGCAAUCCGACACACGCGGCCUUGCUUCGAUCGACAUCUCGGACGCUGCUCUCCGCCGUCCGGCCGAGGUACACGCCGCAGAUCUGGUCGACGAAAACGAUGACGAGUCGGCCUUCUGGGCGCACUGA